UUUGACAGAGAUUCUGAAAGCCAAGCUAUUUUCGAGAAGAAUAAUUUUUACACUAUUGGAGGAAAAAUUAUAACAGUUUCAAUAUCUACACAUUUGAAGAUUCUUAACAAAGUUGUUGAGUCUAAUAAGUGUCUUUUGAAGAUUUCUUUGGUUAGAAUUUCUCAAGAGGUGCCAUACAAAAUUAAAGAUGCUUUUGUUGUUAAUGUUAUGAUUUAUGAUUAUGCUAGUCACAAAUGCAGUUUUAUUAUGAAGGUUGUUUUUCUUUCUCAUGAUUUGUGUCUUGCACAUUUAAAAAAUAAAAUUCAUUUUCAAGAGUCAUUAAUUUUUGUAGUUGGACAGAUGGAGAUUUUUGCUAAUGAAUUUUAUGUUUAUGCUAAGGAUAUAAAUUAUGUUGAUACUGAUUUUAUUGUUAAGAACAAAGGUCUUGAAAAUAAUUUACCUUCAAAUCCAAUAGUAACUCAAAGUAAUUUGAAAAAUAAAUCAGAAAAUAAUAAUUCAGCUUCAGUUAAUUUACAUAAUUUUGAAGAUAAAUCUGAAUCAAGUUCUGAUGACGCUAAGUAUAUUGGGCGUGAGUUUUGUGAUAUGGAAAAUGUCAGUGCAGGUGAUGAAUUUCACAAAGAUAACUUUUGUGAAUUAGUUAAGAAAAGAAAGAUUUUAUUUAAAAAGGGUAAGAAAUGUGCAGAUAGGUCAUUACAUAGUAGUUUAAGGCCUUUUAGAUCUAAUAUAGGUGAUAGUAAUAGGAAUGUGUAG